AAAGCGCCGCCAUUGGACUCGUACAAAGCGCUCCUCGCCACGUCCGAACUCACUUGGUUUGUCUACGUCCUCAACGACGUUGGAAGCGCGCUCACGCGGCAGUACACGUACUCGUAUGGCUCGGUUAGCGCCAACUGGACGUGGGUGCUUGCCUCGCUCUGGACGCUGCUGUCGCCGCAGCCGUACGACGCAUCGAUGCAGCGCAAGUGCUCGGCUCUGAAUUUGGACUUUGCGCUCUAUUGCGACAGCGGCACCAUUGUACUCGGUGACCAGCGCCGCUGCCUCGAGUGUAUGGGCUUGGCACUCGUGGCGUGCGUGGUUUGCUACCUGUAUGCGCGCCGAUCGUCACCGAAUUUGACACCAAUUUUUACGCCUCCGCUCUUGCUCAACGCCCAGGGUUAUCACAUGCUCACGUUCAAACACUGGGUGGCCAAUGGCGUCUACUACAUUGACACGACGUCGGCCAUCAUGGCAGGCGUCUUGUCGUGGAAAUGCCAGGGGCACAUCUACCUCCUCGAUAUCAAGACGUGGCGCUUCGUGUCGACCGCGCUCCCGACGCCGCGGCCUCAAUCCCGCGCGGCCAAAGAAGAGCGCUUUGCGCAUGCCUUUCCGCUGCAUCUCUAAUAGUUUAGCGAACGUGGUAUAUAUUUUUUCAUUUUUGGUUGGCGUUUAUCGGACGACUAACUACUAGUACAC